GCUAACGGCUAUUUUAAUAAAAAAAAUUAAUGAGUGUGUAAUUACUAAUUUGUUGGAUUUCUUUUAAAACAUCCAAAGUGGUAUGAAAAUCCAAAAGUUUGCAUUGUUAAUGCAAUUGCUAUAAUGGGUUGUUUUAGGUUAAAAAAAAUAAAUAAGGGGUUGAAAUGGGUCAUCUAAAAAGAAGUUGGGUUGAGUAAAUUAAAAGCACGGGUCAUACAGGUCAUUGGGUUUGAAUAGAAAAACCACGGGUGACAUCACUCAUCAGCGAUUCCGGGCAUCUUCAUCUUCUCCGGCCUCCGCCGUCUCCUCCGCCACAAACCCGCCACCGUCUCCGCCAUAAACUCUAGGGUUGAGAAUUUUGAACGGGUUCUCUCUAGGGUUAGUGAAGAACAUCAGCGACGCCCUCGACUUCAGCGGUGUUACCACCGUCAAUCAUCAGUGUUUUGGAACUUGUUUUGACUUGUACACAAGUUUCAAAGGGUUAUAGAAGUUCAUAAAGGAGGAUUUGGAUAUCGGAUUUGAAACGGUUACUUGCUAUGGAUUCAAUCGCGUUGAAACCGCCUGUUUCGGAAUCUGAUAAGUGGGGUUGUUUUCUUAAACAGGAUGCCUGUAACGAGAAGAAAAAGAAGCGGGUUGUGACCAAGGAAAGAAAAGCAAAGAAAAAGAUCAAGGAUAGAAUUAAACGAGCUGAAAAGAGGUUAAAACUUGGUGUCAAGAGGUUGAAACGUCAACCAGUGGUUAAAGAGAAAAAAAUAUCAUAUUGCCGUCACUAUAUGAAUGGAAGAUGCCAUGAGGGUGAGAAGUGUAAAUUCUCUCAUGAUACGACCCCUUUAACUAAAUCCAAGCCAUGUUGUGUUUUUGCGCGCCACGCUUGUAUGAAAGGUGAUGAUUGUCCAUUCGAUCAUGAACUAUCCAAAUAUCCCUGCAAUAAUUAUCAAACAACGGGUUCUUGCAGUCGAGGUUCAGCUUGUAUGUUUUCUCACGAGACACAGCCGAGUGAAGGCUCCGUAAAUGAGUCAAACAAGUCAAAGCCCGAACAAAAACCUCUUUCAAAUUCUGGUUCUAAAAAAGUAGAAACAAAUUCUUGUUCGGUACCCAAAUUUGUUGAUAUUACAUCAAAAUCUACCCACCCACCAAAAGGUAUAAACUUUCUUUCACAAGAAAAGUUGCCACUAGUAUCCCGACCACCAAAAGGUAUAAGCUUUCUUUCACAAGAAAAGUUAACACUAGAAUCCCGCCUGUCUCCUAAGGUAGAUUCCGGGGUCAAGGAAAUUACCAAAACACCCCCGCUAUUCCAAGAUUUCGAAGAAAAAACCAAAGUGCCCCCAGUAGUGCAUGAUUUCGAAGACAUUACCAAAACUCCCACUGUAGUUCCGCGUGGUAUUAACUUUCUGUCGUUUGGUAAAAAACCUGGUUUGGAUUACUCAAAUGGUGGAUAUUCUUUAAGAAUUAGCAACAAAGUUGAAAAAUCCAUGUUAAGAAUUGACUUGGACUCAAGUCCUGAGCCCCUGCUGAGGACUAAGGCGGUGAAGAGGAAACAGCCAGAAGGUGGGGCUGUGGCGCAGCCUGUGAAGAAGAUUGGUCGAAAGAAGAUCACUAAGAGGGGCAACCUAGAUGCUCUUGCUGCGAAGCUUUCUCUUGAGAGGCCUGUUCCAUCCGCUCGCGCGGAACCAUCAUCUGUGUUUAAUGAUGACCUUCCAUCAUCACCACCUCGCGUAUCUAUCAGGGAACAGUUGGAGGGUACCAAGACUGCAGAGAUGGAGAAGGCUGUGGAAGUGAAGAAGCCUGUUGAAGUUGAGUUGGAAGCGGAGAAAACGAUGGAGGUGGAGACGGUUGACGUUGGUUCUACCAAGCCCAAGUCUCCUGAGGUUGUGGCGCAUGGGUCAGGAAAAGGAAAAUCUAUUUUUGAAGAAGGGUUUCCUGUGAUAACCGUUCCUUCUUCCGUGGCCACUUCUGCUCCUCCCCGAGAUGAUAUUGAAGAAAACCCAGUUAAUGUUGAUCAGAGCUUUAUUGCUCAAGAUGAAGAAGAUUCCCCAAUCCGCCCGGACGAGACUCUGGGGGAUUAUUAUUAUCGAACUUAUUCAGAGAAUAGAGCUUCUGAAAUCCACGCGCCUUUUUCUGAUUGGCAAAUUUGCCGUGACUGGUCGCAGGGUAUUUUCCCACCUGCUGAAGUUAAAUUCCAAAAGGAACGAUCUCAUGAUCAUACUUAUCGUUCAUACCUCGAAGAAACUGCCAGCUCAACUUCCACCACUCAUAGAAUAGUGCGCGAAUUGCGCAGCAUGCAUAAGGAGUGGGAUGCUUUCGAAGCGUACAAAAAGGAAGUUGCCGAGGAAAAGUCGAAGGUUGCCGCGUUGAGGGCUAAGCUUGAUGCUGAUCAAGCUGAGUUUGAGAGUGAGCAGAAAACAGAGGAGUGGUCUGCUGCAGGGUGGAAGAGGAAGGCUGAAUCUGAAGCUGCUUUUCUCUCAGAAGAACGAAAACGUUGGAAGGAAAUUUGUGACAAAGAUAACAGUGAGAAGAUGGUUCUUCGGAACAACAUUAACAAUCUCAAGGCGGAGAUUGAAAAGUUAAAGAAAGAAAAAGCUGAGGCUGAAGCUGCUCGUGAUGAAGCUCGUUCUCACAGAGAAAUGAGCGGGCAGAGAGAGGAACAAACCAAGGCGGAGCUUGAGUCAGCCAAAAAAGACUUGCAACUCGAAAGAGUUAAAAAAACUGAAGCCGCGCGCCGUCUGACCAAGACUGAAGGGAAAUUAAAAAGUUCUGAGAUUGCCCGGGUGACAGUGGAGAGCUUGGUUGAACCUCUGAUGAAUGAUAUGCUAUGGAUGAGGCAUCAUGGGAUUAUCAAUGUUGCAAAUUCGAUCCUAAACUCAAUUGAUUUAGAUCAGACUGUUGCCAAUUUGAUGGUUAGCGCGCGUAAUGACGGAUAUACUCAGGGGUAUGCAGAAUGUACCCAACAUGUCAAUGAUGCGCUAAGGGUUGAUUGGGACAACAGUAGAUCUGCCACGCGCAGAGUUGAUACUGGUGCUGCCCAUGCUGCUGCUAAAGCAGAGUACAACAACUUGCGCCUUCCGGUGAUGGAUUUGGUAACCACUGCACUUCAGUCUGACGAUUUUGUGGCGCAACUGAAGGAUAUGCUCCCGGAUGAAGCGGAUGCUUCCGAUGAUGAAGACUUAGAAUAGGUUGUCUUGUACUUGAUAGUUGUUGAACCUGUUUGGGAUGCGGAUCCCGUUUAUGUUAUAUUUUGUUAAGGCGCUGUUGCGCAAGUAACUUUUGUCAAUGCGCUGCCGCGCAAGUAGUUUUGUUAAUGCGUUGCCGCGCAAGUAACUUUAUGAAUGCAUGGUAUGUUUUAGUUACAAUGUUUGCAUGAGUGCAAUUACUUUGUUUAGCUAAGACAAAUAAAGAUGAUAUAAAGCUCAUGUGUAAACGUAGGGCUGGACCUUGCGCAGUACCUGUGACCGCGGACCGUUCAUGAGACUCGUGUCGGAUUGCCAUAGUGUUUUUGUGCUUACCAAAAGAAAUUGCAUGCAUUUGUAAUAAAAUAUAAAGGUGUAGUGUAACAGACUUUGUAUUGAUUUGGAUAUGGCGCAGAGGCCAUGUACAAAGCUGCUAUUAGGAUAAAUAAGAAACUUAAGUUACUGCGCAUGUAAAUAGUCCUUGUGCCAUAAGUUGACAAGUUGAGGAACCUGCCAAAUAUGAAGGAAACUAUGAUUACAUGCGCGCUGAACUAUCCUGGACCCUUAGGCUUGCUUAGCUUUUUUGUUUCUUGGCUCUUCGUCUCCACGUGUGAUCUGCUUGAUUUCUUUGCGCACGUUCUGAACUAAAUGGGUAAGUUAUCCACUCUGGAGUGCAUUUUUUCUAUUUCAGUGCGCAGACUGAUGCAGUUGUUUGUGGUGUGCCCAUUAUCUUUGUGUGCCCAUUAUCUUUGUGUGCCCAUUAUCUUUGUGAUACAGUAGAAGUUUGGAUCUUGUCCUCUCUUGUUUUUCAUUGGUGGUGGUGUUUUGAACUGGUAAUUCUCGGUGCUUAGCACUUCCGCAGGUGUCUUGGUAAGAGGCGUCCACUGCCUUUCGUGAUUUUCUUGCUUGACUUCCUUUUGAGCUGUGAUCUUUUUAAUUGUUGCGCGGGCAUCAUUUAAAGAGUAUGCGCCUGAAGUUCAUGACAUCCGCGGAGUCUCGAAUGGAGCGGCGCUGCUGGCUGAAAUGAACCGGAAAUUUCUCAUUAAGAUCAACCCAGGAUGUUAAUUUACCUACUGGUAGAUUGUCAAACCAAAGGCGCGCGACGCCUGUAAGGGUUUGGACAAACAAGUGGCACCACAUAGGUAGUGUCCAUCCGCCGACUAGCCCCGCGCUGGUGAACAAGCGCAGGUGAUCAUCAAGAUCUGACAAUCCAUUGAACUUUCCUACAUUUGAAGGUAAUUUUGCCCGCUCGAGGGGAGCCAGUGCAAUCUCUCUGACAAACUUUGAGUUUUCAGCAGCUUCCGUUGGUCGAUAAAUCAGAUUGUAGUCAUACUCCGCUUCUGGGUUAUAAACCGCACAGAUUUUUGGUUUGUGACUUGCUUGAUCUUUCUGUAUCUGAUUGAAAACGCUUGUGUUGUCGUGUUCAUUAUACGUUCUGUCGUAUUCAUCAGUUUGGGUGUCCCGCUUUUGUGAUAAACGCAGGCCCAAUCGUGAAUGAACCGAUUGGCGUUUUUGAGAGUAUUGCUCUUCACGGUGAUCUCGUCGUCUGGAUCCAGAAUGAGUAUACUCAUAUCUGGUGCUAGAUUUGGAGUUGACUUCUGUAUCGUCAUCCGACAUGUGUGAUGGUGAAUCAUAAUGCAACACUCGAGGUGCAGAUGGAGCUCGCCCCUGAGCUGCAGAUCUACGCGUCUGUGGUGCUGGUUGAGCAGUUUGUGCACAAAGCUGUGCAUAAACGGCGUUCAACGCACCUUGGGACUUAACAUACCAAGAGAUUGGAGUCUCGCUAGGAGGUAAAAUUGAGCUGAUCGGGAUUUCAGGCUGUACUCCUGGUGUAACAGGAUCAUUCACAUGAUUAUCGUUGUUCUGAACAUCGUUAUCAUCAGAUGCUUCUUCCACGAUCCUUUCGACACAGGAAACAUGAGCAAAAUUGCCCUGUUUUCUGGUCGAGGGCCUGGUGGAUGAUUCGACGGAGCUUCUGCCAUUGAAAACAGAAGGGAAGAAAUGAAUCAAUCGAGAAGAUGAAAAUGAAAAUAGAAGAAUCGGUGGGCGCCAAUGAAGAAACCGUGAACUAAAUUGACCGGAAUCAAUUAGAUCGAGGGUCUCUACAUAAAAAGGGUUAAUCUCCUCGUCGAUUCGAUGGCUGGGAACUACUUCACUGGAAAACACUGUAAAACAGAAAGCCGUUAGACUCGCCACGGGGAGAAUGGGGGUUCUCUCCGUGACCACCCCCGGCGUGAGAAUAAGUAUAGUGAUCUCGAAGACGAUGAAGUAGUAAGAGUGAGAGUAAGUGAAAGUAACCUGUGAGAUCAUACCUGGUGUAUCUUAUUUAUAACCGGAUUUGGGCGGGAAAAUGUGUAACGGAGGGCACCUUUCCGUUGGCGGUUAUCUCUCUUUUCCGUCAAUCUUUAACUUUACAUCCAUGCAUACGGAUCAAGUGUUUGAUCGACAAGUGUUUGAUCGACGGCUGGGGAGAUGCCACGGAAAAGUGAUUUUGUGUAGAUCUCUCUUUAAGUUGUUGCCCUUAUCGUGACUUACAUGAGCGUCUAAGAUUGUGCCACGUCACAUUCGGUUGUAACCGAAUGACCAUGCACGAUGAGCAUUAAGGCUUUCUAGAAGAUCUACAGCUGUAAACCAUUGUGCCUUUGCCACGUGUCCAUUUUGUUAUAACAAAAAAGAUUCCUUUGUUCAAGUCUCAAUUUUAAGCGCGCGGAGAUGUUUAGGAGUUUAUCUUCAAGCCUAACUGUACCCUUGCGCGAGCAAGGGUGUUAGUUGAAUAUUUGUCCUUUUUUUCUCCGGCGCAUGGACAUCGAAGACUGUUCUUUUCCAACUCUUGUUUAGAACCGCUGCGCGGCCGCGUAGGGUCUUAUUUAAGAUGCUCUUGGAAUGAAGUUAGGGUAUGGUCCUAUGCGCUUGCGCAGGGUUUUUGGGACCAUACCCCUUCAGAGAGAACCAAAACUUUUAAAACAAAGUAGUAGUCUUGGGGUUAGAAUUGUUAAUUGUAAAAGUUGGGGGUUAGUUUGUCGGUGGGAAACACGUCCGGCCAUUGAUUUUAGAAUAGGUAUAAUACGUAAAACGUACUUUUAAUCACAAAAACUAUUUAAUAUUUAUAAAUUAUAUUUUAUUAUUCAAUCCAUUUAGGCUAAGCAGUGUGGGGGUCGUCGGGCCCAGUCCACACCGCCCCCACAACCCCGUCUCGUCCCCAACGACGACGGUGACGACCCAUUUGUUUGAAAUGUUAGCCGUUGGGUAACGGCUAUUUAAUAAAACAAAAUUAAUGAGGGUGUAAUUACUAAUUAACUUUUGGGUGUUAACUCAAAGACGAGGUAGGCUAGUUGCAGAAGAUAAAAAAAUGUGAAAACUCGCCGGCCGCCGGUGUUUAUAGAGGUCCGAAGAGACGGUGACGAUGGAGAAAUCAGAAACGCCGUCUUAGCAGCCGGACUGUCGAUACCCAUCUUCAUAUCCUAACCCUCUGCUAUUAUGAUCCUAAUUCAAAUUCAGAUAAGCCCCCCGAUGUUCCCUUGGAUUGCACUGAUAAUGAGUCCCAAUUUCAACAACAAAUGUCUAUGGAUGAAACCCAAGUGGUUUCGAAUACCCAAAAAGGCGGUUUAUAUAACAAACACGUGGAAUCAGCAAAACAUCAUCAUAACAUAUCAGGAGAAACUUCUCAAAAAAACCCUUCAGUCAACGUUGAUAUAACUUGUUCUUCUCCUCAUUUACCCACAAAUGAAGAAGGAGAAAUCUCCGGAGAUUUUAUGGAUGUCAUUCUCGAAAUCGAUACAAAAUCUGUGGGCGAGCCUCGAGAUUUUAAGGGACUUAAAAAUGACAGUAAAGAUGUGGGGGGAGAGUAAAUAAAACCACAAGAAAUUUGGUGGAUUAUUCGGAAAUAGCUGUUCAUUCGAAAUCCCACGAGUAUACCUGGUGAAGGUUAGCGUUAUUUUAACAAAUUUACUCGAGUAAAGUUCUCAACUGAUAACAUAGUGAUGAGAAUAUGGAUUGGAGGGUUGUGCACUGGGUCAGAAAUGGUAUGGUUUGGGUUCGGUUGCGUUGAGCGGGAACACUUUUCUUCAAAAUCUUUAUCUAUAUAUUAUAUGAAUAAUUAGCGUGCCAAGUUUGAUUACAAAAAUCAUAUUGUGUUAAUAAUAAUUUGUUUUUUUUUUUUAUUGUGAUUUAGAGAAUUACUUUGGGUGACUUUCAGGAUGGUUGUAAGAAUCGCUAGGCGCUAGUCGGCCGGUGGGGUACCGAUUAGCGAUUAGUUGGGAUUAGUCUUGAUUAAUCGGGAUUAAUCAGAUUAGGAUUUUUAUAUGUAAUUUUUAGUUUUAUACAUAUUAUACAAUAUUACAACCAACUCAUGACGAGGCUUUAAGCAUA